CGCGCUAACGCAUCCACCUAGACAGCGUGACGUGAUUGCGUCAUCAAUACGCGUGCGCGCUUGGAUCUUCCCCGGUGGGUAGUAGCUUUGCGAACUGCUUCUUGACUAGCACUUCCCAAGAUGGCGGCCUGCGGACGUGUCCGGAGGUUGUGGUACUUGUGUGUGAUCACUGGGCUAAUUUUGUUAAGCUCCGUGGGUUCCGGAGCUCAGCCUGCUUCGCUGGAUGGAGCUGCAGUCGCGGCUCCGGUGGGGGGUGCUGCAGCACAACCUGCGGCCUCGCAAGCUCGUAGACUCCCAGGCUGGAAGCUUGCAGAGGAGGAGGUCUGCAGGGAAGACGUGACCCGCAUCUGCCCCCGACACACCUGGAACAACAAUCUGGCGGUGUUGGAGUGUUUACAAGAUGUUAGAGAGACUGAUAAUGAAAUUUCCUCUGACUGCAAUCAUCUCUUAUGGAAUUAUAAAUUAAACCUGACAAAGGACCUCAAAUUUGAGUCCGUUGCAAAAGAAAUCUGCAAGUCCACUCUGUCCAUGCUAACAGAAUGUGCAAAUGAGACUCCAGGGAAGGGAUAUAUAGUUUCCUGUCUGGUUGAUCACCGUGUUAACAUCACAGAGUACCAGUGCCACCAGUAUAUCACCAAGAUGGCUGCUAUUAUCUACAGCGAUUACCGGCUUAUCUGUGGAUUUAUGGAAGACUGCAAAACUGAAAUAGAUACUUUGAAGUGUGGCAGUAUCAGACCUGGUGAAAAAGACCCUCAUUCUCAGGGAGAAGUGGUAUCCUGCCUUGAGAAAGGGAUAAUUAAGGAAACAGAGGACGUAAACCCUCAGAUGCACAUUUCUGAUAAAUGCAAGCAGGCUAUUUUGCGCGUGGCAGAACUUUCAUCAGAUGACUUUCAUUUAGACCGUCACCUUUACUUUUCUUGCCGUGAUGACCGUGAAAGGUUCUGUGAGACCGUCCAAGCUGGAGAAGGCAGAGUCUAUAAGUGUCUAUUCAACCACAAGUUUGAGGAAUCUAUGAGUGAACGGUGCCGUGAUGCUCUUACCACAAGACAGAAGCUGAUAGCUCAAGAUUACAAAAUCAGUUAUUCAUUGGCAAAGUCCUGUAAAGCUGACCUGAAGAAAUACCGAUGUAAUGUAGAAAAUCACCCUCGUUCACGAGAAGCACGACUUUCCUAUCUAUUGUUGUGUCUGGAGUCUGCUGUUCAUAGAGGUCGCCAAGUGAGCAGUGAGUGUCAGGGAGAGAUGCUGGAUUACAGACGUAUGCUGAUGGAAGAUUUCUCUCUGAGUCCAGAGAUCAUUCUCAGCUGUCGAGGCGAGAUUGAGCACCACUGCUCUGGGCUACAUAGAAAGGGACGGACUUUGCAUUGCCUAAUGAAAGCGGUGCGAGGUGACAAAGGCAACAUUGCAGAAAGGUGUCAGCAAGCACUUCAAACACUGGUACAAGAGACAGACCCUGGAGCAGAUUACCGAAUAGACCGUGCUCUCAAUGAAGCUUGUGAGUCUGUCAUUCAGACUGCCUGCAAACAUGUCCGUUCAGGAGAUCCCAUGAUCCUGUCCUGUCUCAUGGAACAUUUGUAUACUGAAAAAAUGGUGGAGGAGUGUGAGCAUCGUUUACUGGAACUACAGUACUUUAUUUCUCGUGACUGGAAACUUGACCCUGUCUUAUACCGCAAGUGUCAGGGUGAUGCUUCACGUCUAUGUCAUGCCAACUCUUGGAAUGAUACCAGUGAGAACAUGCCAGCUGGUGCAGUUUUUUCUUGCUUAUAUCGGCAUGCCUACCGUACAGAAGAGCAAGGAAGACGGCUAUCUCGUGAAUGCCGUGCCGAAGUACAACGCAUCCUGCAUCAGCGUGCCCUAGAUGUAAAAUUGGAUCCUGCCAUGCAAGCCAAAUGCAUGACUGACCUGGGAAAAUGGUGCAGCGAGAAGACAGAGAGUGGUCAAGAACUGGAGUGUCUCCAGGAUCACAUGGAGGAUCUUAUUGUUGAAUGCAGGGAGAUUGUUGGAAACCUGACAGAACUGGAAUCUGAAGAUAUUCAGAUAGAAGCCCUUUUGAUGAGAGCCUGUGAACCAAUAAUCCAGACAUUCUGUCAUGAAGUGGCUGAUAACCAGAUAGACUCUGGUGAUCUGAUGGAAUGUUUGAUACAGAACAAGCACCAAAAGGAGAUGAAUGAGAAGUGUGUUGUUGGGGUUACACACUUUCAACUAGUGCAAAUGAAGGAUUUCAGGUUUUCCUACAAGUUUAAGAUGGCGUGUAAAGAAGAUGUACUGAAACUGUGUCCCAGUAUAAAGAAGAAGGUAGAUGUUGUAAUAUGCCUCAGCACUACUGUUCGCAAUGACACGCUGCAAGAAGUUAAAGAUCAUCGUGUGUCCCUGAAGUGCCGCAAGCAGCUUAGGGUUGAAGAGUUAGAGAUGAGUGAAGAUAUUCGUUUAGAACCAGAACUCUAUGAAUCCUGCAAAAAUGAUAUUAAGUCACUCUGCCAGAGUGUACCUUAUGGAAAUGCCCAGGUAAUUGAGUGUCUAAAAGAAGCCAAGAAACAGCUCAGUCCCUCAUGUCAUAAGAAAGUUUUUAAGCUACAGGAGACAGAAAUGAUGGACCCAGAGCUUGAUUACACUCUCAUGCGUGUCUGUAAGCAGAUGAUAAAGAGAUUUUGCAGUGAUACAGAUCCCAAGAACAUUUUGCAGUGUCUGAAGCAGAGCAAAAAUGCAGAGACAAUGGACCCCAAGUGCAAACAGAUGAUAACCAAGAGGCAAAUAACACAGAGCACAGAUUAUCGUCUAAAUCCUGUCCUGCGGAAGUCUUGUAAAGCUGACAUACCUAAAUUCUGCCAGAAUAUACUGAGCAAUGCCAAAGAUGACGCGGAAUUUGAAGGAAAGGUUAUCUCUUGUCUAAAACUGAAAUAUGCAGACCAGCGUUUGUCACCUGACUGUGAGGAUCAGAUUCGUGUGAUAAUCCAGGAGACUGCCCUUGAUUACCGACUGGAUCCGCAACUGCAGGUUCAGUGCUCAGAAGAGAUAAAUAUCCUCUGUGGAGAGGAGGCAGCAGCGCAAGAGCCUACUGGGCAAGUGGAGGAGUGUUUAAAAAUGAACCUGCUGAAAAUCCAGUCUCCUGGUUGCAAAAAAGAAGUCCUAAACAUGCUUAAAGAAAGCAAGGCAGAUAUUUUUGUUGACCCAGUCCUGCACACAGCCUGUGCACUUGACAUAAAGCAUCACUGUGCCGCCAUUCCUCCAGGCAAAGGACGCCAGAUGUCGUGUUUGAUAGAAGCAUUGCAAGAUAAAAUGGUACGGUUGCAACCAGAAUGCAAGAAGCGCCUGCAGGACCGAUUAGAUAUGUGGAGUUAUGCAGCCAAGGUGGCCCCAGCAGAAGGCUUUUCUGAACUGGCCAUGCAAGUGAUGAAUUCUCCAUCCAAAAACUACAUCUUGUCCGUCAUCAUGGUUGGAGUGUGCGUGCUCUUCUUUGGAGGUCUGUUCUGUGGUCGAAUCACCAAGAGGAUCGCACGAGAGAUGAAGAACAGGUAGAGCACAGGACCCCUUGACAUCCCUCAGCGAGUUGUGAGAAGUGGGUGCACCGAUGAAGGGAGGGCGGACCGGUCACCAUGUGUACAGCUCUCUCAUGUGGCUCAAUCCCAUCUUCUUUCUCCCACUCCUUUCAGCACAGUGGAAUUUGGAGGGAUUAAUUGAAGCAGAAGGGACCGCCUUCCCUGCUCUCACCCUCUCCAUAAUCCACCCAACACACCUCAGCUGCUUAAUCAUUAUACUCCCCGUCCAUUCCCAUAAAACAUGGUUACCUUGACCAGCUGCAGACUCUCCAGCUCUCACCAACCUCCAACCACUUCAGAUGGCCUUCAGCCCCUUGCACAGCCUUCCUCUUUAACUUAGUGCCGUGUUGCUCUGUGAAUUGUCUGGGGUUUUGUUUUGUUUUUUGUUCUUUUCCCUCCAUUUUUUUUGGGAGGGAAAAUAGGGUAUUUUGAAAUUUGCCUCCUGGAGCUGGAAGCUGCACCGUGGAAUUCCUCCCCUGAACCCAACUUGAGGAGGGAUUUAUGAUUGUGCACUUUGAGACGCUGCCUGAGCCUAGGCGUCUGCAAAGAAGAGUUUGUACAGACCAAUUGGCUCCCACCUGCCAAAACCUAGUGAACACAUUGACUGUCUUUACUGCUUCCUGCUCAUCUCUAUGAAAAACCUUUGAUUCCCAGCAAUGCGCUUUAGUAGCAAGAUUUGCACACAGAUCAGAGGUGGUGGUUGUAUGAUCAAAGCUUGCCCACAGGCAAAUGCCUUUUUUAAGGGUGCAACUCAUCCACGGUUUUUCUCCAGAGCAAAAAAAAAAUCCUCUAAUUCACAUUACUCCGACUUCUCAAACCAUGUAGGUUUUUACCCAGGUUAUUGGUGGUUGUCUUCCAUUUCAAUGAAACAAAAGUCUGAACACAUUUAUUUUUAACAUUAUCCAAAUUUUCACAAAUCGUGUUUUAAAAAUAAAAAAAAAAUGGGUUGCACCCUUAAAACAUUUGUCCUGCUUACCUUGUCUUUAACUCUUUAUUUUGCUCUGUAGACUAUUUGAUUAUCCUUCCAACUGCAAAUACAUUGUGAAAAAUGUCUAUAAUAUUUAUGUGUUGCUGAGCUCUGAUGAAUUGUAGAACUGGGAAUUGCAUUGUCAGUGUGCUGGCCACUGAGGCUUCUGUACAGAACUGAAACUGUAUCUCUCCUGUUUAACCCCAUGGCUGCCAAAGGCUCUCUGUGAAAAACGGUUUCUGUCUCUUGCUUCUGUCGGCUUAAAGGAACAGUAACAUGACUUUUUUUUUUAUAAAAAAUUAGUUUGCCCUUAACGGAAAAAAAAACCACCAGCACACAUUUAACUUUACAUUCGCAAAGACGUUAUUAAGAAAUAUCUUACCGAUACUCCGCUUGUGCUCACAGCUGUUGCAAAUGCAUUGAUCUAGAAAUGUGUCUGGUUGUAAAGUGUUUUACAAAACACUUUUCAACCAGAAGCAAAUCUCAAGCACCAAAUCACAUAACAUCAUGGUGAUAUUUUCGAAGUCACUAAAGGCUACUGGUAGUAAACGGCCACAUUCAAAUGCCGUCAGGCCAGGUUUUAAAUAAAUCCCGUUGUUUUUAUUAAGCUACAUCCACACAAGUAGGGAAAAUUCUUCAGACAACACUUGUUUGUGGCACAAAAUGGCUGGCGUCACGUGUUUACGCUAUUAUUUGUGCAUGAGGACUAGCGCCAGCUAUACAUACACAUGUUUAUCCUGUUUGGAGGCUGUGUAUCGCCAUGCUUUAACUGUUUUGGUGUGAGAAGGUCGGCAGUGAAUGCUGUGAUGCAUAACCUUUUUAAUGGCAGUAUCAGAAAAUACAUAGCUGCUUUUCCUCCCCCAAAGCAUUAGUAUGUGAUCACAUAGAAUUUCUUUAACUCUGUGUUCCUUAUUUGCAACUUUUCUCCUCUACUCGAGGCAAGAAACUCAUUGGUUUUACCUUUUAACUGUGUAAGAAUUGUAUGUAUAUCGCAUUCUUUACCAAAUUGCUUUAUGGCCUUCCCUGCACUGUUUUUACUUCUAGCUGAUGUUAAAUUCCUAAUGACAGUUCCUUAAAUUAUUGCAACCUCGGUGGUACACACACCACAUUGCUUCCUAGUUCCAAUGAUCAGUAUUGAUAUUAUUUAUUGAUUAUAGGAUACAGGUUCUCUCUACAUCAGAGCUGUGUUUUUCAUUUUGAAACUGCUUAAUAAAGGGAAAAUAAACCAUAUCUGACUUUGAUCAAGUUUGAGAGCAUAACUUGUUGUGGUUCUACUAUGCCUAAUCUUCACUUUCCCAAUUAAUAUGCUUCAGUUGAAUUUGACAAUUUUUCCCUCUUCUGCUGAUGUUCUCUCCUUGUACAAGUACAAUACAGUGCAGUCAUUUUGGAUCAAAUGAUUGCAGCUUUUAAGUAGAAUGGCACUCCAACUUGUAUGUUUACAUCUAAAAAUACAGAGAAAGUAUAUUGUGUACACACAAUGAGCGGUUACCUGCAUCUGUAUCUCAUAAUGUAAAUGAACAACUCUACUCAUAUGGUAUAUUUUCCCUUUAAAGGAAUUAGUGCUUUUCUCAAUGCUGUUUAGCGACAGGAAGUUAAUAAAGUGGCGCCAUCAUGUGCCCUGUGGAAUGUGUUUGGAUUCAGAACUGAAGAAAACGUCAACUUCUCUAGGAAGGCUUACUAAUGAAAUGAUUUCCAGACGACUUUAAAUAAAAACUAUAACCCAA